GGCCUCCAGACCCACCUGGCAGACAGACCUCUGACCAGUGACGGGCAUGGCCUAAUGGCAUUCCAUCAUAGGAGAAAGUGCCUCCACACCCUUCUUAGCCUCCCUCUCUAUGGCUGUCUUCUCAGGCAUCGUGCUGGACUCUGGAGAUGGCGUCACCCACAACGUGCCCAUCUACGAGGGCUACGCUCUGCCCCACGCCAUCAUGCGUCUGGAUCUGGCUGGCCGUGAUCUCACCGACUACCUCAUGAAGAUCCUGACCGAGCGGGGCUACUCCUUUGUGACUACUGCUGAGCGGGAAAUCGUGCGCGACAUCAAGGAGAAGCUCUGCUACGUGGCUCUGGACUUUGAAAACGAGAUGGCCACCGCUGCAUCCUCCUCCUCCCUUGAGAAGAGCUAUGAGCUGCCUGAUGGUCAGGUGAUCACCAUUGGAAAUGAGCGUUUCCGCUGCCCAGAGACCCUCUUCCAGCCUUCCUUCAUCGGGAUGGAGUCUGCGGGCAUCCAUGAGACGACCUACAACAGCAUCAUGAAGUGUGACAUUGACAUCAGGAAGGACCUCUAUGCCAACAAUGUCCUGUCAGGGGGAACCACCAUGUACCCAGGGAUCGCUGACCGGAUGCAGAAGGAGAUCACAGCUCUGGCACCCAGCACCAUGAAGAUCAAGGUAAAGGAAGAUGCCGCCUUGCCCCCUAGUCCCCCUGCCCAUAGAGCCCCAACUCUGCAAAAUCUCACCCUGAGCAGAACUCGAGGACCACCAAGGGCACCCUGAGUGGUUUGUCAUCAUACCGGAAUGGGAAGAGAAAUUCUCAGAAGCCUUGGCAGAAUCACAUGGAGAAUGGGAAAGGAACCUAGGGACCAUCUACUUGGGUCUUUUCUUUUGUAGAUAAAGAAACUAAGGCAGGCAGAGAAAGAGACAGAAACAGAAUGAGAGAGAAACAGAGACACA